AGCCUGAUGUCCUUUUUGGAAUCAUUCCAUGAAGAAAAAAAGCCCUUUUUGGACGUCCUGUCAACAAAAGGGAAUCUGGAUGAGUCGAAUGAAGAUCAAUUACAAUUGAGGGAAGCCUGGAAUGGCCUCAAUGCCAAGAUUAAUAUGUGGGGGAAAAAGCUGCAUCAAGCCUUGCCCUCACCCCUCCAUCAGAUUGAAGCUUGGCUCCAGGAGGUAGAGGAGCUUAUGGAUGAAGAUUUACCACUUUCUGGGGAUUACUCUGAAGCCAUGGCUCUCAUACAAGAGAAAAUGACUUUAUUCAAGGAUCUGAUGGAUAAAUUUGAUUAUCAUUUGAAUGCUCUCUUGGAAUUUGAAAAUACGGGUGAAGACCAUUUGCCAUUGGUACCACCUAACAAAUUGGAGGAAAUGAAGAGACGGAUCAACAACAUUUCAGGAAAAAAAUUCAUUCCACUUCUAGAAUUUCAUUAUUAUAAGUGCUCAGUACUUGGCUUGCUAGAUGAAGUGAAAUCAAAAUUGGGUGUUUGGAACAUCAAAUAUGGGACCAAAGAAUCUGUGGAAUUACUGCUGGAAGACUGGCAUAAAUUUAUUGAAGAAAAAGAGGUCCUAGCUCAACUUGAAACUUCUUUUCAAAAAUGUGAUGAAAGUCAUAAGAAUUUGGGUGGCGAAUAUCAGGAUAUUAGUAAACAAUAUGGCAUAGUGGAAUAUAAUCUUUGUACAUAUAGAAAAAGUAUAUUUGAUAUCAAGUCCACUCUACAAAAAGUUCUACAGUGUUGGGUUACUUAUAUGGAAAACCUCCGUUUACUAAAAGCUUGUUUUGAGGAGACAAAGAAGGAGCAGAUUAAAGAGGUUCCCUUUGAGACACUAUCCCAAUGGAAUCUACACCAUAUUACUUUAAAUGAAAUGGCGACUUUCUUAAUUCAAGUCAGCAAUGAGGAAGUUGAAUCAUCUAUUUCUAAAGAACUCAGAAGACUGAAUAAAAGAUGGAGAAAGUUUAUUACCAAAACUCAACUUGAAAUGAAUCUGCCACUUAUAAAAAAACAGCAUCAACCCAUUCUUGACAAUUCUGGAAAUAUCCAACAAUCUAAAGAAGAAAAGCCAGAUGUUGAUUUUUCAGUGCAUAUGUCAACAGAAUGUCCUGAAAAUCACAAUCAAAAUAUAAAGGCUGGGGAAGAACAUGAAAAAGAAAAGGAAGAAGUCACAGAGCAAGUAAAAGUGUCUGAAGAGGUUGAAAAACUCAUUGGACAAGUGGAAACUUGGGAGGCAGAAACCAAGUCUGCUUUAGAUCUUCUGAGAAAUCAAGAAGAUGUGAAUCCUUCAGUGGAAGAAUCUUUGCAG